AUGGCGAAGUGGGAACAGGAGUGUGAAGCAGCUGUCCAGGUGUCUGCAGGCGGGAAGCAGGAGUGUGAAGCAGCUGUCCAGGUGUCUGUAGGCGGGAAGUGGGAGUGUGAAGCAGCUGUCCAGGUGUCUGCAGGCGGGAAGCGGGAGUGUGAAGCAGCUGUCCAGGUGUCUGCAGGCGGGAAGCAGGAGUGUGAAGCAGCUGUCCAGGUGUCUGCAGCAGUAGAGGGCGGAAGCGCAGACUACAGGAUGAGGUUCCUGGUUGCGUUGCUCCUGCUGAGUGUCGCAGCUGCAGGAGAUCCGCCGUCUGCUUCUAAGCCAGACACCAACCCAAGUAGAGAUAAUUUUUCGAUUGAGUCUAUCUCAGAAAAAGACCCUACGACCCCGCCUCCUGUGGAUGUAAACUCUUCUAAUCUGGGAGAGCCUAGCGGACCGGCGGAUCAGAGGCAGCAGCCCGCUACAGAAGGCCCGGAAAAGCCGAGAGGGCCUACUAAGGCAGCAGUUACCGGUUCAGCGGAAUCCGGACAGCAGACCACUGCAGCCAAUUUGGUUGAGCCCCAAAAUGAUCCCAAAACAGUAGAUACCGAGUCGACGGACCCUACACAGCAGCCCCUACCACCCGACCCCAAACAGGAGAAAUCUAGACAGAAGCCCACAAAAGGUGAGUCUGAGAAGCCCACAAAAGGUGAUUCUGAGAAGCCCACAAAAGAUGAUUCUGACAAACCCACAAAAGAUGAUUCUGAGAAGCCCACAAAAGAUGAUUCUGACAAGCCCACAAAAGGUGAUUCUGACAAGCCCACAAAAGGUGAUUCAGAGAAGUCCACCUCCAAAUCCUCCUCAGAUAAGGAGACCCCCAAGAUUGACAAAAUUCAGCCAAGUGAAAAAGGAUCAAAACCAGCAUUAACUUCUAAAACUGAAUCUGGAGAGAGCCUGGCGGGGGGCUCUGACUUCUCUUUAAAGCCAGAGGGAGGAGAUAAGCCUUCAGAACCGACUGAAGAUGUGGAAGUCAAGGAGGUUGAAGAGGAUGAUGCCGAGCCAGAGGAGAGCUCACCACUUGAAGAAGGGAAUGGAAAGGUCGUGGGCCCUUCCUCUGGUGAGAACCGAGAGGGGACACUUGUAGAAGCUAUGAGUGAUGGGGAGGAGAACGCUUCUAAGGACGGUUCUGGAAACACCAGCGCAGAGAGCAGCCACUUCUUUGCAUAUCUGGUCACCGCAGCUGUUCUUGUUGCCGUCCUGUAUGUUGCUUACCACAACAAACGGAAGAUUAUCGCCUUUGCCCUAGAAGGAAAAAGGUCCAAAGUCACUCGGAGGCCAAAGGCUAGUGACUACCAACGUUUGAACCUAAAGGUAAGGAGUGAGAAGCCUAGCCUAGGAAGGAUCUGCAACCUCAGGUGGGCCACUUUUUGGGGUGCUGCUGCCAUUGUCCCCAGCCUGAGGAGACUGAAACAAGACUGUCCAUACACUGUCCACAUGUCUACAGAGUUAAAGAUACAAGAGACCUUUCAAUACUUUCACAUUCGAUAA